ACAGUUACAGCAACAAAAACCCAAAACCCUUUCCUUUCCCCUCCACCUUCACCUCCAAGGGCGGGGCGGGCUCUCUCAAAUGACAGUUUCGAAAGCCAAAACCCUGAGCUCUCUCUUUCGAGCUGCUAAAAAAGCUACUAAAAAUUCUUCUACUUCCUCUUCCUCCUCCUCCUCUUUAGACGCCCGUGACAAAUCUCUAAAAGAGUUCGUUUCCUCGCUUGACACUUCAUCAUUAUCUUCCCCCGCUUCUUUCUCCAAACGUUCACCUAUAGCUAUCAAGAAACCAACCGAUGGUAGCCUCUUCAACCUGUUGCGUGACUCUGCUUCACUCUCUGAGGAUUCAAUGAACGAAUUAACACAAGAGGUAUCUUCUUUACUUUGCGAUGGUUCUGUGAACAGUUCAAAGGACUCAGGGAGAGCAUUGACCAUACCAUGGCUAUCAAUGUCUAACAAUAAAACAUCACUCAUGCAGAAAGAAGUUUCACGUGAAAGGAAACAGAAAUGGGUUUUCAAGACAAGCCAGGUUAUUCGAUUUAACCGGUUAAUAAAGAUGUGUGGAGAUAAAUUGGGGACAAAAGCUACGAUGGAGGUAUUUGAUAAAUUAGGAAGAGAAACUGGUUUGAAAGAGUACAAUGCAUUAAUAGAACUUUGCUUGGAGAACGCUAGGACCAGUGAUGAUGAAGAUGUUGCGUUAGAACAUAUUUCUGAGGCUUUUAGAACCUUCAAAAAAAUGAGGGAACGAGGAUUUCAGGUAGAAGAGGAAACUAUUGGUCCAUUCCUUAUGUAUUUUAUUGAUAGGGGAAUGGUAGAAGAGUUCUUUUUUUUCUGUGGACCUAUCAAAGAUGGGAACCCGAGUUUGCUUCCUAGAUUAGGUUACUAUGAGAUGUUGUUGUGGAUAGGAGUCAAUAAUGAAAAAAAGAUUCAAGAACUUUGUAAUUAUAUUGCGGCUACUGAUGGGAUAGAUGAUUUUGAAUUAAAAGAAAACUAUUUGUUAGCACUUUGUGAAAGUGGUAGGAAGGAGGACCUCAUGCAACUGUUAGAGAUUAUUGAUAUAAAAAGAAUUUCAUCUGUGAACAAAGUUGCAAAUAUCUUUAAGUCAUUGGGAAGACUUUCAUUGGAGUCAUUUGCUGAGAAGUUCCUUUUGGCAUUCAAAAGCUGUGAUUAUGGAAUGGAGAAUAUCUCAAGGCUCAUACUUAGUUAUGCUAGUAGCAUUCCUAAUUUAAAGGUUGAGGAUACUUUUCUGAAAUUCAAAAGCUUUCACAAAAAAUUCAAGAUAAUACCUUCGUCUGCAUCAUAUGAGAUGCUCAUUACCUAUUGCUGUGAUUUCCACAAGGUGCAUGUCGCCCUUGACCUGGUCAAUGAGAUGUGUGAACUGGGUUUGAGCUUGCCUAUAGAGACGCUGCAUCGCAUAUUGUAUGCUAGUGAGGAGAGCUAUGAGUUUCAUUUGGUUCGGCAAAUUUAUUCAGUGAUUUGCCUCCAUAAUUUGAAGCCAAACAGUGAGACCUUCAGGAGUAUGAUAAGUUUGAGUGUGAAAAUGAAAGAUUUUGAAGGUGCAUAUGCAAUGCUCAAUGACAUGAAGAAAAUGAAAGUGAUGCCUACAGCUAGUAUUUACAAUGCUAUAAUGGCAGGAUAUUUUCGAGAGAAAAACUCUAGUGCUGCAUUGAAGGUUCUGAAGAAAAUGGAAUGUGAAGAUAUCAAACCAGAUGCUCAAACUUUCAGCUAUCUAAUAGGCAAUUGUGAUUGUGAAGAGGAUAUUUCGAAGUACUACGAAGAAAUGAAAAGUGCUGGAAUUCAAGUUACAAAGCAUGUUUUUAUGGCCCUUAUAAAUGCAUAUGCAACCUGUGGGCAAUUUGAAAAGGCUAAACAGGUGCUGCUUGACAAGGGGAUACCUUUUAAAAGCUUAAAGGAAAUCAAAAGUGCACUUGUUUCAGCCCUUGCAUCAAAUGGGCAGAUGUGUGAUGCAUUAAACAUUUACAAAGAAAUCAAGCAAGUUGGGGACACUCUGGAGCCUAAAGCUGUUAUAUCUCUCAUUGAGCAUUUUAAUUUAGAGGGAGAGUUGAGUACAUUGCUUCAACUACUGGAAGAAUUGCAUGAUCCAGACUAUUGGGUUGAUGCUUGUUGCAGAAUAGUUUUGCAUUGUGUUAAAAUUAAGGAUUUGAGAUCUACGGUUGAUUUGCUCAAGCGGCUUAAGGAUAAGUUGCACAAUGAUGAUUUGGGUAUAGACUUUCUUUGUGAUGAGGUAUUCUCUUUGAUCGCCGAAGGAGAUGCUAAAGAAUUAUGGUUUGGCCUAGCUUUGCUUCAAGCUAUAAAAGAUGAAAUAGGCGUUAUCCCUUCACGGAAAAGUCUUGAUUUUCUCCUUAUGGCUUGUACAAACGCAAAGGAUUUACAGAACUCUCUUUUCAUUUGGAAAGAAUACCAGUUGGCUGGCCUUUCAUACAAUAUUUUAUCAUACCUAGGGAUGUAUCAAGCCCUUUUGGCAUGUGGAGAUCUCAAGUCCGCAAAUAUUAUGCGAACUAAAAUUCCGACAGAUGAUCCUCAUAUUCGACUUAUUAUCAAAGCAUAUCAAACAACUUAUGUUCAGUCUACCUCAAGUAAGACAAAGAAGAAAAUGCAGAAGCGGAAGGGAGCAUGAGACACAAUCUAACAAGAAUAGAGUAGGAACUGAGAGCAUUGAAAUCAAUAAAUCUGGUCUGUGAAUAUCCUUUCUGGGUUAAAGACUUGUCUGUAAAAAAUCUCCUUGAUUAAUGCCAUGAUGCUCCUAUAAUUAUUAAGGUUUAUCUAUACUAUAAGAUAAUAUGUUAUCUAUAUUUGGUA